AUGUCACUGCUUUUCCGAGUUGCAGUACGUGGUGUGUCCGGAUUCACCGGCCCGCUAUAUGCGGCUCGUACAUCGAUCUCUUUUGUUCGAAGGAGCAAUGUAGUGCAAGUUGCGAAGGAGCCAAUACGUCGAUUUGGUAUAGAUGUGUCGGGCAUGAACGAUCGCCAGCGUAAGCGUGUAGGCUACUGGCUAUUUCUAUGCGCAGGGAUGUGCUAUGGAGCUGUUGCAAUCGGCGGACUCACUAGACUGACGGAAUCUGGUUUGAGUAUGGUGAACUGGGAUUUAUUUCGGACUAUGAGGCCACCGUUGAGUCAGAAAGAGUGGGAAGAGGAGUUCGAACGGUAUAAGCAGUAUCCUGAGUACAAGUAUAAGUCUUCAAAUGAAGAGAUGACUUUGGCACAGUUCAAAUUCAUUUGGAACAUGGAGUAUGGUCAUCGCAUGUGGGGUCGAGCCAUUGGCAUUGUUUUCUUGCUGCCCUGUGCCUAUUUUUGGGCGCGUGGGUACUUCCCAACUACCAUGAAGAGACGUAUGGCAAUCGCAACAGCUCUCAUCCUUGCACAGGUUCGUUCCAAUACCAUUUGGAGUUUCGAAGGAGAGGGUUUGGACUUUAUCAGGGAAACUUCUCCUUGGUUCCUUGGCUGA